AUGAUGAGAGAGGAACAAGAAAUCGCACGCUCCCGCGUCAUCACAGCUUUCGCUCAAACGACGACUAUGCUGGCCGUACGAGUCGCCCGCGCCGCGGCCAGCCAUCCACCGCCCUCAAUAUUUCUGCGUCAAAUACGGCCUGUACACCGCUCUCUCGUACUCAGGUCCGUCGUUCACCACCGCCAGCUGUCCCUGGGUUCCAUUUUCGCCCGUCCUCGCCCAACUCCCGCCCCGACGCCCCACCUAGUCGCUCACAUCACGCGUCUCGAGGCAGAGGCCAACGUUCAUCCACACGAUGUUGCAAAACAGGUCGCCCUCUACAAGGCUCUCGCCGACACGAAAUACAAGUCGUCCUAUGAGCUCAUCAUAAGUCGUUGGGAGAGAAUGUGCGAGUUUGACCCUUCGUCGCCCCUUCUCGCAAGCCCGGAAGCCUUUGAACUGUAUUUGACUGCUCUCGUCAAGACCGGCCAACAGUCUACGGUAUUCUCCGCGGUUCGCAGACGGGACAGUCUGCUAGCCGCUCAUCACCCUGCCACCGCAACGGAAACCAAACAGGACGCUCCAGACACUACUGGGGAGGCUACUAUUGGUUCUUCUGCAGACUCCCAACCUUCCUCGACGCCCAGUGUCCCAACCAGUCAGAAUAUUGCAGAGUCUGUUCUCGCCGGCCCACUCGUCUCCCCAACCCCUACAACGCCACCACCGCCCGCUCCUGAUGCAUCGAGACUCGCGGCAGCCAGUGCAGCGCAUCCCAAUGAACCCAUACAGGUUUCCAUAGUUGAACGGAGGGGUUCAUGGAUUCCACGUCUUGUGAGGUUCUUUGCCGUUAUGAUUGUCAGCUCGUUCUUCUUCUUGGUCAUACUCUCGGUAUUCUUCGAAAACAGCGGUUUCAUGAAAGCUGGGCCUCGACAAACGCAAUUUGAGCCUUCGGAAGGUAAAGCCGUCAAGUUCAGUGAUGUCCAUGGCGUCGACGAGGCAAAAGAGGAACUUCAAGAUAUCGUUCAAUUCCUCAAGGACCCUGCAGCGUUUUCGUCAUUGGGUGGUAAAUUGCCGAAGGGUGUUUUACUAACUGGACCACCGGGAACCGGAAAGACCAUGUUGGCUCGUGCUGUUGCAGGGGAAGCCGGCGUGCCUUUCUUCUUUGCCUCCGGAUCCGACUUUGAGGAGAUGUUCGUAGGUGUUGGCGCCAAACGUGUUAGGGAACUGUUCGCGGCCGCCCGCAAGAAGGAACCAGCCAUUAUCUUUAUCGAUGAGUUGGACGCUGUCGGUGGCAAGCGCAGCAGUCGUGAUCAGCAAUACAUGAAGCAAACACUGAACCAGCUCCUUGUGGAAAUGGAUGGUUUCCAGCAAAAUGAAGCCGUCAUCGUCAUUGCCGCUACGAACUUCCCGGAAAGUCUCGACCAGGCCUUGGUUCGACCUGGACGAUUCGAUAGGAUCGUUGCGGUCCCUUUGCCAGAUAUUCGUGGCCGGGCCCAAAUCCUGCAACACCACAUGCAGAAUGUGACAACUGGCAAAGAUGUGGAUCCCAAAGUUCUUGCUCGGGGCACUCCUGGAUUUUCUGGCGCUGAUCUCCAGAAUAUGGUCAAUCAAGCUGCGAUUCAGGCAUCGAAGGAGAAGGCGCGUGAAGUCACACUCAAGCACUUUGAGUGGGCCAAGGAUCGCAUCCUCAUGGGUGCUGAGCGAAAGAGCCAAUACCAAGACCAGAAGGUGAAACUAGCGACAGCUUAUCACGAGGGAGGACAUGCUUUGGUGGCCCUGUAUACCGAUGGAGCAAUGCCUUUGCACAAGGUUACUUGUGUACCUCGUGGACAUGCUUUGGGCUAUACUUCAUUGCUUCCCGAAAACGAUCGAACAUCUGUUAGCCUAAAGGAAUACUUGGCCGGCAUCGAUGUGUCCAUGGGUGGCCGCGUUGCAGAGGAACUCAUCUAUGGUGCAGAAAACGUCACUAGCGGAGCUAGUUCCGACAUCAAGAAUGCCACCAGAACCGCUCAAGCCAUGGUCAAGCAAUGGGGCUUUUCCAAACUUGGACCAGUCUAUUACGACACUAGGGACGAAUCACUCAGUUCAAAGAGACGGGAAGAGAUUGAGGAAGAGGUGACAAGGAUCGUGAGGGAGGGCGAAGCUCGUGCCCUGGCACUUCUCAGCUCCAGGAUCGAUGAACUCCACAGGCUUGCACAUGCUCUUGUUGAGCACGAAACUUUAGACUCCGAAGAAGUGAAGAAAGUCAUCAAAGGGGAACCUAUCCGAAAUAUCUCGGAGGUAUUAGAGGAAGAGCUUUCAAAGCCUAAGGAGCAGCCGUGAUGGCAAAAUGUCAGGAAAAAGAACCUGAACGUCAGUUAGAUGCGUAAUUCUUCGCGGGAGGGCCUCGUUAUUUUACAGCGACGAUAUAAUUCCACUGUACAGUCCAAAAGCCAUUACCUACCGACCGUCCUUCUUUACAUACCGCCGCCCAUACACCCUACUUCUUUACUUAGCAAUCUACGGCACUUUGUAUUGCGCUUGAUCGCUCAGAUCUUGCGCACUCUGUGCAUGAAACGGC